ACGAAGCCCAAGCGAGCAGACGACCGAGCGCGGAUUGAUGCUGUGGCUGUAGUGGGUCGAUAUCUUGGAAUGUCGACUAUUGUAGAUGUCAGGACGCACUGUAUUGACACGAAGGAAUCGCGCCAUUUUCUGAGUGUGUCAGACGAUACCAGAUCUGGUUGAUGUUACACAGGUGUUGAGGCCGAUGUAUUGACUUCCCCAGGCUCUGGUUGACGAGAACACACUGCCUUGGUCGACAGCCAUUGGGCUUGUAUUGCACAAAAUGAGCACAUUCGUUAGCAUUUUGAUUGGAUGUUAACGGAAGGUUCCUUGGUUAAACAACGAACGCGUCACCCGAAUACAAUCAGUACAUGGCGUCCGCAUGCACUGUGAUCAGAUGCCGACCUCUGUUCAGCCCGUUUCCUAUGUCUCCGAGUCUGGUCGUCUGCUCAUGAAGAAUGGUGGUCAGUUUGAUUGAUACUAGUGUUAGCGCCAGUGAGAGGAUGGAAGGGAGCUGCUCUUCGGACGAGAGCGGGAAUUGGUACUGGCAAGAUUCGUCCCUCGUUUGCUACCUGUGUGGGGAACUGUUUCGGCGACCCCGCAUCUUACCGUGUGGUCAUACCUUCUGUACCGACUGUCUGGCCCGACUCAGAGAAGAAGUCAUCAGGGAAGGGAAGCUUGCGGGAACCUAUGACCCCAAACACGCCGAGAUCGGCCAUUUCGUCUGCCCAAUGCCGGAGUGCUCCUACUCUAUGAGACUGAUAAACCUGCACCGCUUCACCACCAAGAACAAGACAGUGUCCGAAGCCGUGGGGGCUUUCAGGAAGAAAAUAGGUGCAAAACAGGAUGUGUCCACGCAGACAGACAUCACGUCAGAAUCCAUCAUCGUCGCCAUCCCCAAGUCGCUGCUGAUGAGGACUAAACGGCAAGGCAACUGUCUGGACCAGGCUUCCUUCAUGGACACGGUUCUUCAUCGCGCCCUUAGCAUGGACAGCCUCAGCCGAAACUACAUCCCCCAGGGCAACUUCAACUGGAGGUCGUGCGUGACCAUGCUCGGUGUCAGCAUCAUACAGCAACUCAUCCACAUAUGAGAGGCACUCGGGACAACUCGGGUCCUCUCGGGUACAACUCGGCAUAUUCCGCUACUCUUACGGUACUUCGGGCAAACAUUUCAAUUUGACACGGAAUUUCGUAUAUAAGGUUAACACCCAGGUUGUGUUGUGUGUUGUGUCACGUGCUUGGAGCUAGUUCCACUGGAUUCUUGUUUGAGUCGGGCCGAGAAGGCCGAGUUGUUCCAGCAGUUGUCUCCCUUUCAAAGUUAACGGUGCCACCUUUAAAAACGAGAUUGCAAGAAGCAUAAUAUGAUUUAUUAUUCUCUACAGUUAAUGUGUACACGGAGUGAAACAGAACGAAAGGGUAUCACAUAUUGCAGUAAAUGCCAGUUACAUAUGUAAAUUAAU